CGUCGCACCAGCUCGAGGUGCACUCAUGUGCUGGAUAUUAUACCUACUUUUUAUUUAUGAUUAUUUAUAAUAAGAGGCUUUUCACUGAAUUCAUGACCUAAAUUAUUUAUAAAAACGGAUAAUAUUUUUUUCACAGUUUUUGUGUGGAACAAUAGGCUAACUCAAAAGUCUGAUCACCUGAUCACCUGUGCUUGUCUUUUGAGAUUGUUGUUGCUAUUUUUGAACGUCAUUUUUUUUGUUUUGAUAUUUGAACUGAUUUUCGACAUGUGGACCUUUCUUGGAAUUGCAAGUUUUACAUAUAUCUAUAAGAAAUGCGAUGCUCUGGUGAGUUAUGCGCCCAGAGAGCUGGUGGUGGCCGCGGUGCUGUGCGUGUCCGUGGGUCUGAUUGUCACGUGCCUCGGCUUGCGCGGACAGACGCUCAAAGCGCCUCAGUUUCUCCAGAUGCCUCUCAACCUCUUGACUUCCUUUCCUCCGACCAAAAAACUCUUCUCCAAGUCCAGUACAGACAGUUGUAGUCGCACUUCUACGAAGAGAGAUGUAAAGCGAAAGAGGGCGACAGACAGUCAGUCUAGUCAGGGAGAGGAUCCAGAGGUCAUCAUAGUGGGCGCUGGUGUGCUGGGGUCAGCCAUGGCCUCCGUUCUGGCCCGAGACGGCCGGAGGGUCACAGUGGUGGAGAGGGACAUGAGAGAACCAGAUCGGAUAGUGGGAGAACUUCUUCAGCCGGGAGGAUAUCGGGCACUCAAAGAACUCGGGCUGGAGGAUGCUGUUGAAGGUCUGGACGCCCAUGUGGUGAAUGGUUAUGUAAUCCAUGACCUGGAGAGUCGAACGGAGGUGGAGAUCCCGUAUCCCCAGCAGGAGAGCAGCAUUCAGGGUGGACGUGCUUUCCAUCAUGGACGCUUCAUCAUGGGACUGCGUCGAGCUGCUCUCGCUGAGCCCAAUGUGAAGUUUGAGGAGGGAACGGUGACCAGCCUGGAGGAAGAAGAUGGUUGUGUGACAGGAAUUCAGUAUAAGGAGAAGGAUUCAGGGAUGAUCAAGGAGAUCCAUGCUCCCCUCACUGUAGUUGCAGACGGAUGUUUCUCCAAGUUCCGUAAGAAUCUGAUUUCUGGGAAAGCUAAAGUGUCUUCUCAUUUUGUUGGAUGCAUAAUGAAGGACUCUCCUCAAUUCAAGCCCAACCAUGCAGAGCUGGUUCUAGCUAAUCCCAGUCCAGUGUUGAUCUAUCAGAUCUCCUCCAAUGAAACUCGGGUUCUGGUGGACAUCCGAGGAGAGAUGCCUCGAGACCUUAUGCGGUACAUGAUGGAAAAAAUCUACCCACAACUACCAGAGCACUUAAAGGAGCCGUUCAUGUUGGCACUGCAGAAUGAUCGCUUGAGAACAAUGCCCGCCAGCUUCCUGCCACCCGCACCAGUCAAUAAACAAGGGGUUCUGCUGUUAGGCGAUGCGUAUAACAUGCGUCAUCCUCUGACCGGCGGCGGCAUGAGUGUGGUGCUGAAUGACAUCCACAUCUGGAGAGACCUGCUCAAGAACAUCCCUGAUCUCUAUGACAAUACAGCUGUGCUCCAGGCAAAGAAGAAAUUCCACUGGGAACGGAAAUCAUCUCAUUCGUUUGUGGUGAACGUUUUGGCUCAAGCUCUGUAUGAACUGUUUGCUGCGACCGACAAUUCACUGCAUCAGUUGAGAAAAGCCUGUUUCCACUAUUUCAAGCUUGGCGGAGAAUGCAUCAAUGGACCGAUCGGCCUUCUGUCCGUAUUGUCGCCAAAACCCUUUACUCUGAUCGGUCACUUUUUCGCUGUGGCAUUAUACGCCAUCUACUUCAGCUUCAGAUCUGAAUCCUGGCUCACGAUACCACGAGCGCUGGUCAACAGCAUAGCCAUCCUGUACAGAGCCUGUGCCGUCAUGUUUCCUCUUAUUUACUCUGAGUUACAGUACCUGAUUUACUAGGAAGGAACUUCUUUCAAACUGAAAAAGAAACUGAUUUCUUCAGUCGUUGAACGUGACACAUCUGUCACAUCUGUUGGCUACAUCUGAGUGCCUAAUUUUUGGGGAAAAAGGGAUUCAUGUCAGACACUGCACAAGGAACAAUUCUCAGAUGAGGAAAUGCAUAUGGUGUCUGAUAUUAACAGACAAAGACCCUGCCUUAUAUUUUCAUACACUAAGUGCUAAUGAUGUAGUGAAAUUGGCCUUAAACUGCGAUUAAAUGAGGGAAAAUCCUGUGCUUGUUUUUCAAGUCAACAUGAAACCGCAUUUACAAACUAUUUCUUAUGCAGUACAUUAAGUAAAUCUGGUCAGUUUUAAUUUCUUGAUGUUUUUGUUCAGUCAGAAAUGUGUUUUUACUACAUUUCUGAGUGCAAAAUAAGUUAAUGAAUCAAUUCAUAAAGAUUAAACCACUAGGCUGCUUAAGUUGUAGAAUUGUGAAUAUAUUUGAGCUGUUUUCAAGACACUAAGGACAAUCAAUGGGACUGCAUCUCAUUUGUAACUGAAGCACUUGAUUUCCUCACGUGCCUUGCUUUAUUGCGGUUUCAGACUUUUAAAAUUUUUUUUAAUUGUGUCCAUUUAUCAUGAUUUUCACAUGGGGCCUUCCAUUAUAAUUUUUGCCUUUCUCUGUUGUUUUCAAGUCAACAUUUAGUGCCGUCAAAAAAUUCUAUGAGCAAUGAAAGUAUAGAGUAAAAUCAUGUGGAUAUUUACUGAAAAGAGGACAAAAGCUUUAAUGUGAAGAAUAAUUUAGCCAUUUAGUGUUUAUAGUAUUUCUGGCUGUGUAUGCAGCCACUCUAUGGAUCGUUCUUUCAUAUAAUUUGUCCUCUUUGAUUUAAAAAAUAUAUAUAUUUGGAGUCAGAAAUACAGUUAGAAAUAGUAUAACAGAUUGGAAUGAUCCAGUAACAUUGAAAACCUGUUCUAAAGGCUUUGUAUUUUAAAAUCUAUCAUUCUUUUAUAAUUGGACAAGAGGUUUGUGGGAUAAAUAACUACAUUUUGUGCAAAUGAUCAUACGUCCACCAGGUGACGCCCUUGCACCAGCAAAAUGAAAAAAGAGUCACUCUGAUCAUGUCAACAAAAUAAAAAGAUUAAACAUGAUUCUACAUCUUCUUCAGUGCUACAGUUGCAAAGUUCUCGAUAUUGUCAAUGAGUGAAACGGUAAUGGCAACCGGCCAUAAUAGCCUCAAAACCAAUGAUCUCUAUAUAAUCUAAUCUAAUCUCUAUUAUAGAUCAGUGCUCAAAACCCUUCCUACAAGCACUGCCUCUCCUAAUUUUGACACCUGUCAAUCACCCAUCAUAAUCUGACUCUCUGUGUUCUUUGAUGUGAAUUGAAAUUACAUUUAAUUUUUGCCGUUAAGAAUGUGGCUAUUCAU